CUAAAACUUAACUACUUGCUCUAAGCUUUGUGACACAAACUCUGUCUCUCUCACUUUCUUUCUCUCAUUCUUAUUCUACGUUUUCUUCUCAUCUUUCAGAACUAGCUUUGUUGAGUUAGUUCCAGCAGGUUCCUCUAAUCACAAAAGGACUAAAACCUAAAAGGGUGGUGGUGGUGUUUGGAGAGAAACAAAGAUAAGAGUAAGAACAGAAGCAGUGUGGUUCUGAAGAAAAAAAGGGUUUGUUUAUAACACAAAGGGGGUGUGGGGGGUGGGGUUUUAUCCAAGGUGAUGCGCUCAGGAGCUUGUACAUUGCAACAGACCCUCACAGCGGAGGCUGCUUCAGUGUUGAAGCACUCUCUCGGGUUGGCACGCAGAAGGGGCCAUGCACAGGUCACCCCUCUGCAUGUUGCUGCAACUUUGCUCAGCCUAAGAGCCAGCUCCUUAAGAAGGGCUUGUCUCAAGUCUCAGCCACAAACACAUUCUCAUUCUCAUUCACACCCUCUUCAGUGCAGAGCCCUUGAGCUUUGCUUCAAUGUUGCCCUCAACAGGCUCCCAACCACACCUGCUGCUGCUGCUGCAGGCCCUUUGCUCCACACACAGCACCCCUCUCUCUCCAAUGCUCUCAUUGCUGCUCUCAAGAGAGCACAGGCACACCAGAGAAGAGGCUGCAUUGAGCAGCAGCAGCAGCAGCCUCUUCUCACCAUCAAGGUUGAGCUUGAACAGCUCAUUAUAUCUAUCCUUGAUGACCCUAGUGUUAGUAGGGUUAUGAGGGAAGCUGGUUUUUCAAGCACUGCUGUGAAGAGCAACAUUGAGGACACUUCUAAUUCAGCACCUUCUGUUUUCUACAACAGUUCUGGUGGUGGUGUUUUCUCUUCUCCUUGCUCACCUUCCCCCAGUGAGAACAACAACACUGCUAGUGUUUUCAGGCAAAACCAUUUCCUUGCUGCCUACACUUCUAAUGAAUUUAGUACUUCUCCUUCUCCACCACUUUUGUUCAAGAAGGCUUCAGUGUUUCCCAUCACUGAGUCACCACCACCUUCUUCUUCUUCCAAAGACGAUAUCAAGGUGGUGCUUGAUGUCCUCUUGAGGAAGAAGAAGAGGAACGCUGUGAUAGUUGGUGACUCAGUGGCACUCACUGAGGGUCUUGUGGGGGAGCUUAUGGGGAAGCUGGAGAGAGGAGAGGUCCCUGAUGAGUUGAAGUCUACACAUUUCAUCAAGUUUCAGCUUGCACCGGUUUCUUUGAGGUUCAUGAAGAGGGAUGAAGUGGAGAUGAGCCUCUCAGCACUGAAGAGGAAGGUGGAUUCUGUUGCAUCAAGUGGAGGUGGAGCCAUUUUCUAUGUUGGAGACCUGAAGUGGACAGUGGAAGGAACAAGUGAAACAGAGGAAGGUGGUGGUGUUUGUGGCUAUUAUAACCCUGUUGUUGAUCAUCUUGUUGCUGAAGUAGGGAAGUUGUUUUGUGACUCCAACACUACUAAGGUGUGGCUUUUGGCCACAGCAAGUUAUCAAACAUACAUGAGGUGCCAAAUGAGGCAACCCCCUCUUGAGACUCAGUGGUCUCUUCAAGCUGUUCCUGUUCCAUCAGGUGGACUUGGCUUGAGCCUCCAUGCUUCCAGUGUUCAUGAUUCAAAGGUGACAAUCUCCCAGAAUCCAUCUCAUAUGAUGGAAACAAAGUUCUUCAGUAACAACAAGGAGGAGCAGGAUAAACUCAACUGUUGUGAAGAAUGUGCCUCCAAUUAUGAAAAAGAAGCUCAAUUGUUCAAACCAGGACAGAAGAAACUGUUACCAUCCUGGCUUCAGUCUCAUACCACCGAAGCCCAUCUAAAGGAUGAGUUAACUCAGCUGAAAAGGAAAUGGAACAGACUGUGCCACUGUCUGCACCAGAGCAAGCAGCCUCAGAACCAAUGGAGCAACACUUUACAUGGAAAUUAUCACAGUUCAAAUGGCAAGAUCUACCCUUACAAUUCAUCAUACCCCUGUUGGCCAAACCAAGGCAGUGUCUUCACAGAUUCAAGCUCCAUAUCUUUUGCUGAUUCACCUGCUGCGAAACCUGCUUAUAGCUCCAACAACAUAGUCCCUCGGUUCAGGCGCCAGCAAUCAUGCUCCAUUGAGUUCAAUUUCAGUGAUGUGACUCAGAAAAAGCCAUCAUCCACAGCCUUGGAUUCUCUCAAGGGCAUGGAAGGUAAUAAUAGUGAAGUAAAGAUUACUCUUGCUCUUGGAAAUUCAACAUUCGGUGGUUCGGGGCAAACGGUCGAAAAUAUCAUAACUACUACUGAUAGAACACUGCGAAGAGCUCAUAUUUGUAAACUGUUGCAGGAGAAUGUGCCAUGGCAAUCUGAGACAGUUCCUUCCAUAGCUGAGGCAUUGGUUGAUUCCAAAUCUGCAAAGCCAAGUGCCACUACUUGGCUUUUGUUGCAAGGAACUGACUCUAUUGGGAAAACAAGGUUGGCACGUGCCAUUGCAGAAUCAGUGUUUGGCUCAGUUGAUUUUCUCCUUCACUUGGACAUGCUGAAAAACAACAAGGAGAAUUCAGCAACCCCAUUUUGUGAAAUGGUAGCUGGAGCACUGAAGAGCCAUGAGAAGCUUGUGAUUCUGAUAGAAAGUUUGGAUUUUGCAGAUGCCCAAUUCAGGAAGUUCCUUGCAGAUGGGUUUGAAACUGCAAAGUUUGGAAAUUUAAGCAUGACUGAGGAGAGUUCAGGCCAAGCAAUAUUCAUACUGACCAAUGGUGACACUAGGAGCAAUGAAGAGAAGAAAACCAACGACUCGGUGAUGAAGUUGGUGCUGCAGAUAAGUGAAACCAAGCCUACUUUGGAGUCUUCUCCACAUUGUUUGGGCCAGAAGAGAAGGGCUGAAAUACUUGAUUUGUUUACCAAGGUUAAGAAUCCAAGGGUUGAGGAGAAGGAAGAGGGUAGAAAAGUCUUUUUAAGGCAUUCAAGCUUCAACCAUCUUGACCUGAACAUGAAAGCUGAUGAAGAAGAGGAUGAUGAUGAAGGGGAAGAGAAAACAGGUGGAAGUAGUCCAAUAUCAAGUGAUUUGACAAGGGAAACAGUGGUUGAUCCAUUGAGCUGGAAUGGUGCACUUGAGUCAAUUGAGAACCGGUUUGAGUUGAAUGAAGGUCCAGAGAGGGAGAGGGAGGUGGCAGAUAUGUUUCUGUCAAGGAUAAAAGAGUCUUUUGAGGAGGUAUAUGAUGAUGAUGAUGGGGUGGUGGUGAAUUUUACUGUAGAGGAGAGGGUGAUAGAGGAAAUUGGUGUGGGGUGUGGUAAUUUUACUAACAGCAUGUUUGAGAAAUGGCUGAAAGACAUUUUUCAAAGCAGUUUAUUACAGACAGUUAACUUUGGUGAUAAGGGGAAGGAAGGGGGUAUAGGUUUUACACUUUGUUGGGGUGGUAAAGGAGAUAGGAAAUCGGAUAGUGAUGGGUUCAUGGGUUCAUGUUUGCCCAAGAAUGUCCAAGUUAACUACUUCAUGGAUUGAUGAUGACUGACUUUGGAUAGUGGGUGGGGGGGUUUCUUGUAAAAUGGUCCACAAGUUGUAAAAUGCAAGUGAGAUAGGCUUCGUGUAACUGCUAAUUUUCAUUAUAGAAUGUGUUUGUUUUUCUUCUGCUUUCAAAACCUUUUGUCAACAA